UAUUUGUUUGUUAAACAUAGUAUAUUGGUUAAUUUAAUUACAAAUAAUGAGUUAGUACUUCUACUCAAUUUAACCCAUUUUAUCAUGCUUAAAUCACAAAUCUUUUUCUAAAAUCAGUGCAAAGAAAUCAGGGAAAGUGUGCAGAUUGCAUUUAGAAAUGAUAUGUGAAUAUGAUUCAUGAAAUUAGCAACAUUAGUCAGUCGAUGUGGAAUUUUUGAAAUGCCAGCAGAAUACAGCUAUACAUACCUCAGAUCUCAAAGCAUAAUAUUUACUUGCUUUUUACUAGCUUCACAAGCUUCUGUUAAUUGUCCAGUUAGUGACUGAAAUUCUCAAGAUGUCUAAAUAUAAUCUUCGCUCAUUCACUAAUUAGCAUAUACCUAAAGAAAAAAGCAAGGAAGAGAGAAAAUGCAAGAACUAAAAAAUUUGAAGUCCUAAUCUAAAUACAUCUUUUCUAUCCCGUUCUCUCCUCAUCUCUUUUUCUGACAAGCUGUUAGAGGUUUUGGGGAAAGGGGGGUUGGUUUGGAGGCUGGCUGUGUGGCGCUCAUGCAGAUGGCUGUCCUCUGAUUGGCUGGAAAGUCAUAUCACAUGGAGUUUAGCUCGGCUCCUUACAUGGGCUGCCCGGGGGUGAGAGCAACAGCAUGGAGCAGCAUAUGCACUGCUGAGCGCUCAAACACAUGCACACACACUCACACUCACUCAUGCACACUCGCACUGAGAGAGUUCACAGUUAGUCGCUGGGCAGCUAACAUGCUUCUGUUCACUGGAGGUAUAAAGCACUGAGUUUGUAAGAGUAUUUCCACUGAUGAGUGCCACAGAAACAAGAGAGAUGUCGGAGAGAUGCAAUAUUCUGAGGACCAUCACGGCAGCUUUGUGCUGCUUCUAUCAGAAGAGCUCUGUUAUUGGAGGCAAGUUUUCAAGGGACAAGUACAUCAUGGAUGGACCACCAGAGAAGCUUAGAAGAGAACUAGAAGAAGAACUGAAACUGAGCAGUGAGGAACCAAGGAGUCAUGCCUGGUAUCAUGGAGCCAUCCCUAGACAGGUGGCUGAAAACCUGGUUCAGAGAGAUGGAGACUUUCUGAUCCGAGACUCGCUGUCCAGCCCAGGGAACUACGUUCUGACCUGCCAGUGGAAGAACACCCCUCAACACUUCAAAAUCAACAAACGCGUGGUAGCCAUGAACGAGGCCUACUCACGUGUUCAGUACCUGUUUGAGAAGGAGGGAUUUGACAGCAUCCCCGCGUUAGUGCGAUACUACGUAGGCAACCGUGAGCCGGUCUCUGAGGUUGUGGGAGCGAUUAUCUUUCAGCCAAUCAACAGAGCUCUGCCUCUGAGGUGUCUGGAGGAGAAAUAUGGAGUUGGAUCUAUACGUGUAGAGGCGGGAUACUCCGAGAGAAAGAGCCUGACUUCCAAACGGUUGAGUCUGAAUAUCAUGAACGGACACACCCAGGAUCACACCCUCAGCCGUGGGAAUCUCCUCAGCAACAAAGAUAAGUGUGGAAGUCAACCAGCAUGUCUAAACCACGUUCAGGAGAGGAGACGGCCACUGAAGACCCAUCAGUCGGAGAGCUUUCUCCCUAUCGGCUCUAGGCCUCAGGCUCAGGUUCAGCAUAUGGAGCACCAGCCGUGCCCCAAAUCCCCAGUUUUCCGCACAGGAAGUGAGCCAGCUCUGAGCCCCACAGUGCCACGCAGAAUGGCCUUUGACACCCAGCCUGGUGAGGCUAUUCGUGGAUCCGACAGCCAGCUGUGUCCCAAACCGCCCCCUAAACCCAGCAAGGUUCCCUCUAUGAGAGUAUCCUGCACCCCUGGCCUGAAGACCCUCUCCCCACCGGUCCCUCCAGUAAAGCCCCACAAACAGCGACCUCCAUUCCAGCAACAGCAGCAGUUGGCCAGCCCAUCGAGUCCAGAACGAAGCUCCUGUGAACCAUGCAGUCCUGCUGAUUGGGAAAACAUGACUAGCUCACAAGCUAAUGGCUAUGUGGAGAGACUAAAGACUGAGGAGGGGUUAAGGAGAUGUGAUAGUAGCGUAAAACUUGACCGUAGCUCCUAUCAUAAUGCCAUUGAGGCCCUAGACAACGACAGUGAGGAAGACAAGGAGGAGGAUGUGGAUAAAGAACAGGACUGCAAGAAAGGUUUCAAAAGACCUGUGUUUGAAACAGAGUCAGCGUUCAAACCUGGAGACAUCAGCUUCCGGCUUCUACCAGUGGAGAACAAGCCACUAGAGAUGACCGUGCUUAAGAAAGCCAAAGAGCUGCUCGUCAGUCAGGAUCCAAAAACCAUCGCCAAACACAUCCUGCAAGCAGACUGUGAGGUCGCUAGGAUAUUAAAUGUUUCUGAAGAGGUGAAAGGUCAAAUGGGUGUGACCUCUGGGCUGGAGCUGGUGACCCUUCCUCAUGGGCGACAGCUGCGACAGGACCUCACGGAAAGGCAUAACACUAUGGCGAUUGGAGUUGCUGUGGAUAUCCUGGGGUGUACAGGAAGUCUGGAUGAGAGAGCAGCCACCCUAAACCGGAUCAUUCUGGUGGCUCUGGAGCUGAAAGACUCCAUGGGAGAUCUUUAUGCCUUUUCCUCCAUAAUGAAAGCACUGGACAUGCCUCAGAUUACCCGACUGGAUCAUACGUGGACUAGCUUGCGAAGAAAAUAUACACAGACAGCCAUCAUUUAUGAGAAAUCUUUGAAACCAUUCUACAAAGGACUCUAUGAAGGAAGUGCUGAAAUCCCACUGAGCAAUGCAAGCGUUCCACUGCUAAUGCCGCUGCUCACCUUGAUGGAGAGGCCUGCGGUCACCUUUGAUGGUAUGGACGUCUGGGAGAACAACGAUCAAGGCUGUGAAAUCAUGUUCCGGCACCUGGAAGGAGCUCGUGCUGUUGCAUGCAAUGCGGACACAUACACCUGCAAUGCACAACGGAUCCUCCAGGGAUUCCAACCUAAUGAUGACAUGCUAGAGAUCAUGAGGACCGAUUUCCAGUUGCGUCUGCUCUGGGGCAGCAGGGGGGCGGCCGUGGAUCAGACAGAGCGAUACGACAAAUUCAAACUCAUCCUUACAGCCCUGUCCAGAAAACUGGAGCCUCCAAUCAAACACACAGAACUCUGAAAACCCAGACACUUUAUAUACAUACUAAACUCUCUGAACCUCUCUGUGGAGUCAGGUCGAAGGGCAUCAGAAUCUGAAAAAAGGAUGUUCUCUACCAGGAUGUGCACUUCAGUGGAUCACAUGCAGAUUGCAAGUUAAGAGCCACUGAUGAGCAGAAAUGGCACUUGUCUAUGGAGAGCUACUUUGUUCAAUAUGCAUCUGCCAGAGGUGUGCUGUGCUCCACACUUAUGAAAUAAGCAGGUACAGUACCAGUUUUGCCUUCAAGAAAAGAAGGAAGGGUAAUAGAAUAAUUCUAAUUUCCAAUAUAUCAUCCACCCUAUCAAAUACAUAUAAUGUUGGUAGGCAGUGAGAACACUUCAUAAGAGGUUUAUGAAUGUGCUCAAUCAUUUGACACAUGAAAUUAUGGAUGAGAGACCACUGAGAUGAUGGACUACACCUUCAAGACAAAUUUGCAGCUCUAUGAAGGAAGACAAGGUUUUAAAGUUUGUACACUUAGAAAUAUUAUGAAGCCCACUGGUCAAAGCAAUGUUGAGGUUUAAAAUCCCACAUGAAAAAAAAAAAAAAAAGAUGUACAUAAUCAUCACUAGUGUAAGCAUGUGAAGGCUAGUUUGUGUAAUAUAUUGUAUUAAGUAUUAUUGACCUGUAAAUAGUCACCCAUAAAUGAAAUAUUCUGAAAAUAUUGAAUAAAUGUCGAAUUAAUCUGAAUUGUUACACAAUUUUUCCUCAUGUGUAAUACUGUAUAAGGAUCAGUAGGUUGGUUUUUUUAGCAAGCUGGCGUUAAAUUGAUUAAAAGUAACAAUUUUUAAUUUAAA